CAAAAAGGUGGUCAAAUUUCAAAGAACAUGACGAAAGAUGGAUGAAAAAUUCUACAUAAAAGGCUAAUCUCGCAGACUUGAACCCAGAAAACUAGGCCGUUGCUUGCAGUGGGAGAGAUGGAAGGCGAAAACGGAGUAAAACUACACGGGAUGUGGGCUAGUACUUACUCUAAGAGAGUGGAACUCGCUCUCCGGCUUAAAGGCGUACCAUACGAGUACAUAGAAGAAGAUUUGAGCAACAAGAGCCAGCAGCUCCUCCAGUACAAUCCGGUUCACAAGAAGGUUCCGGUACUUGUCCACAAUGGAAAACCGAUUGUUGAAUCGUACGUCAUCUUAGAGUACAUUGAUGAAACUUGGAACAAUGCUCCUAAAAUCCUGCCUGAAGAUCCUUAUGAACGAGCCAAAGUUGGAUUCUGGGCCUCUUAUAUCCAGCAACAGUUGUUCGAGGGCAUGAGCCGGGUGGUGACAAGUGAAGGUGAAGCGCAAGAGAAAGCGCUCGAGGAAGUGUUUGCGAGGCUGGGAGUGUUUGAAGAAGGAAUGAAGGAGUACCUUCACGGAGGAGAUCCGUUCACCAAUGGUGAGAAUCUGGGACUCCUGGACAUACUGAUGGUUGCAACAUUUGGUCCUUACAAAGCUCAUGAACAAGUCCUUGGUUUCAAAAUGUUGGACCCAGAUAGGAAUCCGUUGCUGUUCUCAUGGGUAGCUGCAAUGAAGGAGCAUCCACUGGUGAAAGAAUUAGACCCUCCUCAUGACACGCUUGUUCGGCUCCUUCAGUUUAUCAAGCAGACGAGUCAUGCUCGAUCGCAUUAGUUAACCACG